GAAUAGUGGCGCCACUUAAAACGCGCUAGUAUUCGCGCCAAAAUGUGAAAAGUGAUUUGAAUCAAGAGAUAUUUUGCUGCCCGUCGAUUCACAUAAUAAGCUCUUCAGAAAAAAAAAUUUGAACCGAUUCUGUUCCCCGUAUAAAAAGUCGGUUUUGCGCUAAUGCAGUUGUGAUAGAACUCAGAGAAUCAGGCUUGAAUUCUAUUAGAAUCGUACCAUAGCAGAAUUACGGUAGAAUUAAACAGAAUUUGCCAAUUCGGAGAGAGCAUCUUUAAUAGUUCACACUCAGAUCCUCUCUACAAACUGGCAGUUUCUGGUGUAAUUCGACACUCUCAUGUCGAUUUUCGAGAGACGUUUAAUACAGAAAAUUGCAGAAAUUCGCGUCCGUUUUACCGCAAAAAUCCGUAGGCAAAAAUUUCCGUGGCUCCCCUAACAUCAUACAUAUUAAUGCCGUCUGCGUUUUUUUGCAGAAACAAAACUCUUUACGGUAAAACGCGCAAUCAUCAGGCAGUAUUGAAAAACGUAAAAAGAGAGAUGGUUGAAAAGUUGUACCUUUGUUUAUUCGAUCCUGACAAAACAAAGUGUUCGCUUACAAGGACUAAAACAAGCAAAAGAACAAGCAUUGCACAAAUACACGUAAAAUCCGAAGCAGUGAGGCAAUAACGAUCGCUCUAGUCAACGAAUGCUAUAGGUAAUUCAGAACAGAAAAGAAAAGGGGACUGAUCACUGUAAUACAUUGACACACCAAAAUGUGUAAUAUCUAUCUAUUCUGGUUAAUGAUUAUCAUAUCAGACACUUUUGCGUGAUGUGAUAGUGAACUACUAGGGGAUAGGAAUAAACAUAAUUUACCACCAUUGUGCGGUUUCGAAAAAUACGAGUCUUGUCUAAUAUAAGUGCCCACAGAAAAUCGAGCUUUGAAAACUGGCUGUUUUUAUGAUUUUUCAAGUGAACUACGGAAACAGAGGAUGGUACACGUUGUAACACGUCGAAUCUUGAAACCUUGUGCGAAUAGGUGAUGAAUGUGCACCUACUGUAAAGAUAUACAACGAACGAUACGAUGAACUACUAGUGUUAGUGUAUAAAAAUAGGAAAUUUAUGAAUUUUGUGUAUUAAACGUCUCUCGAAAAUCGACAUGAGAGUGUCGAAUUACACCAGAAACUGCCAGUUUGUAGAGAGGANAUGUUAAAUUGAUUGAAGGAAGCGUGUUUCAAAUCAUUAAAGGAAACUUCAUUUACAGUUAGUAAACGCAAUCGCUAAUACGGUCCGAGGUAGGUGAUUAUGGCGUGUGGAUGCAAUAUUGAGUAUGUUUCGCUUUUAUUAGUUGAAUAUUGUAGAAAUUUAGGUUUCUUCCUUUUUUUCUCUUAAAUAAGCAUUGGACAUUCCGGAUAGUCUAGUGUUCAACCGAAGAACCAGUGUCUAGGUAGCCGGAUGGCAUUUGGGUGUAUUACGAGAGCCUUAGGAUUAAUCAUCUGUUCCUUCGUUUUAGAUAGUGGAAGCAUGGUGCCACUUUUUGAUCAACGCCCCUCCUCCCAUGUCAUCAUUUGUCGCUCUUGAAAUAAAGCUUUGGAAUUUGGUGGUGGUUCCAAUUUAUGGCCGUCAUUUCUUUUGGCUCAGUAUUUUGAUGAAAUAUGGUUUUGUGAUUAUACACCGGCUACUUUGCAAGCUGUUCGAGAUUGGAUCGAUCAGAGUCCAAAUGCUCACAAGUGGACAUCCUAUUUCACAGCCAUAUGUCCAAAAGAUGUUGAUGAAAAACAAUGGGAGAAUAAACUUCGUUUAGCUCUUAGCAAAGACAAAAUAUUUCGAUGCGAUGUUAAUGAUCUUGAUACAUUAAUACAAUGGAAACAAGAACAACAACAGUCAACGCAAUUCGAUAUGAUAUUUAGUAGUCUGACAUUCGAAGCUGCAUGCCGUUCAAUAAACUGA